UCAAUCGAUUUUCCCGUACCUCUUCCACAAACAAAAUUGAAAAAUGAACACCGUUUUUAUUAUAUUGACUGUCUGUAUUGCUGUAGUACUUGGUGUCACUCUCGAGAAAGAAUUAAAGGAUGCCUGCAUUGCCGAGGAGGGUGCUAGCCCUGAUGCGGUUGAGAAGGCUUACCAGCGGAACGAAUGGGAGGACGACAGCAAACUUCGUUGUUUCAGUGUCUGUAUGAUGCGGAAAUGGAAACUGGUUGACGAGCCUGACGGUAGUUGGAUACCCGAGGCUAUUAGCGAAUUCAUCAGCAAAACUUAUCCUUCUGCCAAUGUGGAUGAAGUUAUGACAAAGUGUCCACUAAUAUUCGAUGCUACUUGCACUACCUCAUAUCUUCUACAGAAAUGCUGGGGCGAUCUAAAAUUGACCGAAGUUGCUACUACUGCAUAACGUGGAGCUUAUCAUAUUAAUGAAUGCUUCUAUUACUCAUCUCAGUGAUUAUAAUUCCUUUAUCGAAUGAAUUAUCAAUGACCUCAUUCGAUUAACUUUAUGCAAUAUUCGAUUGAUACAGUAGAUCCGAUGUAAUAUUUCAGUAAAUGCAUAUGAUAAAGUCCAACGUCUUGACCCGAGUGGAAAUUGCUUCAGGCCAAACCUGAAGUACGAUCAUAACUUGAUCAGGUUUUUGUAAGGCUCGACUGAUCCGGUGAUUCCUGAUGAGAACCUGACCAAGUUC